UGGCCGCUUCCCAGCUCCUUAGCGACUUCGGCGCUUCUGUUCCAGCAGCUCUGACUAUUCGGACCCUCAGCGCAGAGCGCGAGGCAGUCACCUCGUUGCUCCGUGGAGCUGACUGCGUUCUGAGAUCUACAGAAAGAGAAGAAAAUUGUUCAUGGAGAAAAUGAUGAGAAACAACAGCUGAGGAAUAUCAAGGAUUAUCAACAGACGUGUUCCAAACAAGGUAUGACUUUCUUGGCAAAACAGCCCCAUCAAGAGUCUCACCAGCCACUCCCUUGGGGGGACGCAGAGACUCAGGCAAGAGAAAGAAAAACGAGGCGAGACACCUGUCUCCAAUGGAAAAAAGGAAGAACACACCUGGAGAGCAGCUGAGACAAACGGAGCCAAGGGGGAAAAACAGUAACUGGAGAGGAGACUGCUUCCAAGCGGUUGCUGGUUUAUAAGAUGUUUGUGGAUUCUUCUGUGGAAUCAGAGGGCACAUCUGUUGUGAUCAGAAAACUCCAAGUGUAGCAGCAGGAAUGGAUGAACAGGCUCUUCUAGGGCUAAAUCCAAAUGCUGAUUCAGACUUCAGGCAAAGGGCCCUGGCCUAUUUUGAGCAGUUGAAGAUUUCCCCAGAUGCCUGGCAGGUGUGUGCAGAAGCUCUGGCCCAGAGGACAUACAGUGAUGAUCACAUUAAGUUUUUCUGCUUUCAAGUACUGGAACAUCAAGUUAAAUACAAAUAUUCAGAACUAACUACUGUUCAACAACAACUAAUUAGGGAGACGCUCAUAUCUUGGCUUCAAGCUCAGAUGCUGAAUCCCCAACCAGAGAAGACCUUUAUACGAAACAAAGCAGCCCAAGUCUUCGCCUUGCUUUUUGUUACCGAAUAUCUCACUAAAUGGCCCAAGUUUUUUUUUGACAUUCUCUCAGUAGUGGACCUAAAUCCAAGGGGAGUAGAUCUGUACCUCCGAAUCCUCAUGGCCAUUGAUUCAGAGUUGGUGGAUCGUGAUGUAGUGCAUACAUCAGAGGAGGCUCGUAGGAAUACUCUCAUAAAAGAUACCAUGAGAGAACAGUGCAUUCCAAACUUGGUGGAAUCAUGGUACCAAAUCCUACAAAAUUAUCAGUAUACUAAUUCAGAAGUGACAUGUCAGUGCCUUGAAGUAGUUGGGGCUUAUGUCUCUUGGAUAGACUUAUCCCUUAUAGCCAAUGAUAGGUUUAUAAAUAUGCUGCUAGGUCAUAUGUCAAUAGAAGUUCUACGGGAAGAAGCAUGUGAUUGUUUAUUUGAAAUUGUAAAUAAAGGAAUGGAUCCUGUUGAUAAAAUGAAACUAGUAGAAUCUUUGUGUCAAGUAUUACAGUCUGCUGGAUUUUUCAGCAUUGACCAGGAGGAAGAUGUUGACUUCCUGGCCAGAUUUUCUAAACUGGUAAAUGGAAUGGGACAGUCAUUAAUAGUUAGCUGGACUAAAUUAAUUAAAAGUGGGGAUAUCAAGAAUGCUCAAGAGGCACUACAAGCUAUCGAAACAAAGGUGGCGCUGAUGUUGCAGCUACUAAUUCACGAGGAUGACGAUAUCUCGUCUAACAUUAUUGGAUUUUGCUAUGAUUAUCUUCAUAUUUUGAAACAGCUUACAGUGCUCUCGGAUCAGCAAAAAGCUAAUGUAGAGGCAAUCAUGUUGGCCGUUAUGAAAAAAUUAACUUAUGAUGAAGAAUAUAACUUUGAAAAUGAGGGUGAAGAUGAAGCCAUGUUUGUGGAAUAUAGAAAACAACUGAAGUUGUUGUUGGACAGGCUUGCUCAAGUUUCACCAGAGUUACUGCUGGCUUCUGUGCGCAGAGUUUUUAGUUCUACGCUGCAGAAUUGGCAGACUACACGGUUUAUGGAAGUUGAAGUAGCAAUAAGAUUGCUGUAUAUGUUGGCAGAAGCUCUUCCAGUAUCUCAUGGUGCUCACUUCUCAGGUGAUGUUUCAAAAGCUAGUGCUUUGCAGGAUAUGAUGCGAACCUUGGUAACGUCAGGAGUUAGUGCCUAUCAGCACACAUCUGUGACAUUGGAGUUCUUCGAAACCGUUGUUAGAUAUGAAAAGUUUUUCACAGUUGAACCUCAGCACAUUCCAGGUGUACUAAUGGCUUUCCUAGAUCACAGAGGUCUGCGGCACUCCAGUGCAAAAGUGCGGAGUAGAACCGCUUACCUGUUUUCCAGAUUUGUCAAAUCUCUCAAUAAACAAAUGAAUCCUUUCAUUGAGGAUAUUCUGAAUAGAAUACAAGAUUUAUUAGAGCUUUCUCCACCUGAGAAUGGUUACCAGUCUUUGUUGAGCAGUGAUGAUCAGUUAUUCAUUUAUGAGACAGCUGGAGUGCUGAUUGUUAAUAGUGAGUACCCAGCAGAACGGAAGCAAGCGCUAAUGAGGAAUCUGUUGACUCCACUCAUGGAGAAGUUUAAAAUUCUGUUAGAAAAAUUGAUGAUGGCACAGGACGAAGAAAGGCAGGCAUGUCUAGCAGACUGUCUCAACCACGCGGUUGGAUUUGCCAGUCGGACCAGCAAAGCUUUCAGCAACAAGCAGACUGUGAAACAAUGUGGCUGUUCCGAAGUUUAUCUGGACUGUUUACAGACGUUCUUGCCAGCCCUCAGUUGUCCCUUACAAAAGGAUAUUCUCAGAAGUGGAGUUCGCACUUUCCUUCAUCGCAUGAUUAUUUGCCUGGAAGAAGAAGUCCUUCCAUUCAUUCCAUCUGCCUCGGAACACAUGCUCAAAGAUUGUGAAGCAAAAGACCUCCAGGAAUUCAUUCCUCUCAUCAACCAGAUUACAGCCAAAUUUAAGAUACAGGUAUCGCCGUUUUUACAACAAAUGUUCAUGCCUCUUCUUCAUGCAAUUUUUGAAGUUUUGCUCCGACCAGCGGAAGAAAAUGACCAGUCUGCUGCUUUAGAGAAGCAAAUGUUGAGGAGGAGUUACUUUGCUUUCUUGCAAACGGUCACAGGCAGUGGAAUGAGUGAAGUCAUAGCAAAUCAAGGUGCAGAGAAUGUAGAAAGAGUGCUGGUCACUGUUAUUCAAGGAGCAGUUGAAUAUCCAGAUCCAAUUGCCCAAAAAACGUGUUUUAUUAUCCUCUCCAAGUUGGUAGAACUCUGGGGAGGUAAAGAUGGACCAGUGGGAUUUGCUGAUUUUGUUUAUAAGCACAUUGUCCCCGCAUGUUUCCUAGCACCUUUAAAACAAACCUUUGACCUGGCAGAUGCACAGACAGUAUUGGCUCUGUCCGAGUGUGCAGUGACACUGAAAACAAUUCAUCUCAAACGGGGCCCAGAAUGUGUUCAGUAUCUGCAACAAGAAUACCUGCCUUCCUUGCAAGUAGCUCCGGAGAUAAUUCAGGAGUUUUGUCAGGCGCUUCAGCAGCCUGAUGCUAAAGUUUUUAAAAACUACUUAAAGGUAUCUGUAACAGCAGAUCGAAGUACAUUGUAGCAGUCUUAUGCUCCAAACACAUUCACCUAAAAGCAUUUGAAGUCUUCCUCCCAAGCCCUACUUCUCUUCAGUGUUAGCAUUAUUCUUCUAGUUGGAAAAAACGAAGUCCCUUCUUUGUGCCGACUCUAUUCCUAUCUGAUUAUUUGAUCCAGCUGACUCUUUCUUCCUCUCUGUCUCUGCUGCCACUCUGUAGGCUUAUGUUAUCUCACUCUGAUUUCCCUUCCCUUGUUCUAUCCAAGCUGAUCUCUGUCCUCUGAAAUUCAUUCCCCUUCCCCAUAAUCUUCAUAAACCUAUUGUUGACUAAAAAAAUGUUCAUGUCUCUUAGUUUGGCAUUUAGCUAUUUUUUUUUCAUGUUCUAAUCUCAGACUACAUUUAUGGUUUCUCGUGCAGAAACAGUCUUUACUAUUCCUGCUGUUCUUCAGUAAUCCUGCCUUAUUAGCAACCUUCUCCCUUAUGAAUUCUACCCAUUCUUCUAGGCUUCUCUCAAACAUGGCCUCUUUGUAAGGCUUUCCUUUGCUCAUGUAGCAAUCAGUUUUUCUCUCUAUUUAGUAGAUUGUUAAUAAUUGUUAAAUGAAUGUCUGGUCUAUGAGGUGUUCGGGAUAUAAUGGUUACUACAAUCCUUAUUCUUACUGAGCUUACUGCCUACUAUUUACUCUUUCUAGUGUGCACUUAAUAUCUACCCAGCUGUGGAAGGUACUGGGCUAGUGCCUAGCACAGCCUCUUGCCUACUUGUUCAUAGUCUCAAAUGUUGAACUGGAAGUAUUUUUUUUUAAUAAUAAAUAAAUAGUAAAUUCCUUAAAG